UAUGUUACGAAGGGAAAAUAUUCUUUAUAAUUCCUUAUACAACGGUAAGUGUAUGCAACCAAUAGUAGGCGGUAGUAUAACAAUCCCCGUUUUACCGGUUGCAUACUCUCCUCUCGUUGAGGUUGAAGGGAGGUUAUGUCAAAGAUAUCUUUGGGUUAUGUUUGUUCUAACCUCAUCCGCUCAUCCCAACAUAACGGUCAACUUUUAAAUUUGCCGGAAUGAGUGCAGAAAACCCAGAGGAUUCAUUGAACAAAUGGAUGAGCGACGGAUCGUGGAUUUUGUGUGAAACUGAAGAGACUGUGAUCAAGAUGCGAAAAAUGACUAACGAAAUCUGUGACAAUACUGAAAUGGAUCAUGAUAAUCCUGCAGCAUCGACAAGUUUUGAAUGGUUGGAUGGAAGGGAAGACUCUUCACUUGUGGUUCCACUUGCAGAAGGUGAACAGUUUUAUGUAGGAGACUAUGAUGCCACUAUUGAAUUAGAUACUGAAAGAAAUGAAGAUGAGGUUCUAUUGCAACUUGAUUUCGAUGAGGAAAUGGACGAUUGGGAGAGCAACUUAGAAGAUGGAGAUAAUGGUAGGGUCAUGCAAUUAUUCAUUGUCCACGUCUUUUUGGCUGAAGAGCAUAAAAGGUGUCUCCAACUUGGUGGUUACAUUUUCAAAACGGUAAUGAUCUACGGAACAGUAACAGAGGUCAAAGUAAGUAACAAGAAAAAUUCGCUAUUGAUUGAUGAUGGAACAGGUCAAAUAAGGUGCUAUAUGGAAGAUCAUAUCAAUGAUGAUGUUGAAGAAGUUGAAGAAAAUUCUGAUAGUAGUGAUGAUGAUGGCCCUUUCUCUGAAAUGUUCCAAUACUUUAAAGAAGAAGCCAAAGAAAGUGAAUAUAUUUCACCAACGUUCAGCAAAAUCGAUGUUGGGGAUAGAGUUUGGGUUUUAGGAAAUGUGUCUGCCUAUAAAGACAAUCGUUAUAUAUUUAUCAAGAAACUUUCUAGGCCUAAGAGUAUCAAUAGCUAUAUCGCUUUCAUGGAAGAGAUUUUUGAAGAAUUUGAUCAAUACCCUUAUGAUUUUGUUCCCUCCAUUGAACAUUCUUAGAAUCUUUACUUUUUUCAAGUUGUCAACUGAGUAUAUUUCCUAUGGAAUUUGAUUUUUAGUUCUCACAUGAUUUUAUAGAAUAAAAUUUAUUUUUGUUUAUAUAAGAA